UACUCAUCCCAGAUAAUAAGUUUGUUAUUCAAAUUAAUUCAGUUAAUUCAGAUGUAAAACUUAUAUCUAAAGUAGAUGUUUCAGAUAAUUUAAUGAAAAUCUUGAAUCUUGAAUGGGUUAUUCUUUUACCAUCUAACAAUAAAGCUGCAAUUUCUAAUAAAAUAACUGCAAUAGCUAUUUUAUUAUUUGCUCUUAUUUUUACCAAAAUCAUGUUGAAUAAAAAG